AUGUCGGACACACUACACACUUCUGCGCCGAAAGGAUGGACGAUAUCGGCGUUCCCGUCAAGUGGGACCGCCUGGGUGAGACCAAGUGGUAGGUCCGGCGUCCGUUCGGCUAAACUGCUCAGGUACCGCGUCGAGACCUCCACGAAAAAGGUGUACUACUACAACCGAGCUUCCAAGGAAUCGCGAUGGCAGCGGCCGGACGUGGACGCGCCCGAGUCGCCGAAGGAGGCAACGUCGCCCGCCCCGGAGCCUGAGGAGCCGGCUCCAAAGUCGACCUCGAAAGAAGACAUAGCAGGGUUCAAGGCGCUAAUCAGGGAGCUGAAUCUAGCACCAUCCGCCACCUUUGAUUCGGCACUGCCGAGGAUGCUAUACGAUACAAGGUUCACCGCCAUACCGAAUCACCAGCGAAGGUCGCUGUUCAUGCAGUUGAGGCUGGAACUGGUCAAGGAGUCCAGUCGCAGCCUCAAGGAGCUCUCCAAGGAGUAUAUUGCGAACGAACGCUCUGCCAAGUUUGCACCGGCGGCUGGGAGCACGCAGGGCUCAAAGGAAGUCCAGCCAGAAAAUAGGCCGGCUGCGGAGGACUCUAGCACGUGCAAUCAGACAGACAGGAAGCACGCUAGUUCGGGUACAUAUCAGAGGGAGCGUGACUCCGGCAAACGUAGACAUACGGAGCAUGCGCAGUCUCGAGAGCAACUCGCCACUGACAUGGCGCGUACGGCCUUCAUCAGCAUGUUGCACGAAAAGAUCAAGAUGCCGUUCUACAAUGGGAAGCCCGAGCCUCUCGACGAAGCUCUUAUUGAGGGUGACCCGCGCGGGGAAAGCCGCCACCUCAAGGACCGUGACAGGAUAUACCGGCAGUUCGUCGACGACUUCCUCGAGGCAAGGAUAGCCCUCUUCGAGCAGAAGUUGCAAACACUGGGCAACGAGCACAUCAAAACGCCGCUUGACGAUGUCGUACACACACUGGGCGAACGCCUGUUUGGGCACCUGCCGCGGGAUAGGCUAGAGGCCAGCUUGAGGCGCUGGCGUCGUGACGCGAAGGCUGAGCUUUUGGACGCAUUCGACGUACUCCUCCGGCAGACGUUGUGCUACGCGGAGGGGACCACUGACAGCAAGCUGCGGCUGGCGAAGCUGCAGCUACGAGAUGAUCCGAGGUACCAGCGGCUGGACUGUCUACCCGACGAACGCGACGAGCUGGUGCUCAGGCGCAUCAGGGAACUGGACGAAAUACACCGCAAAUCGAGGGCGGAUUUACUCGACUGA